GCCGUUCUCUUUCCAUAAACCCUUCCUUCAUAACUACUACACUGAGAAGUGAGAAUACAGACUCCCAAACAAAUACAAGCUAUUUACCGAUCUUAUUGCUAUCAAUGGCAUCUCAGGUGAUAAGAGAAUGGGUUGGAUUUCAGCAGUUUCCUUCAGCCACUCAAUCGAAGUUAAUUGAAUUGAUACGGAAAUUGAAGCAGGAGAGUGUAAGUACAUUGACAAUCCUAGUAAUGGGGAAAGGUGGUGUCGGAAAAUCUUCAACUGUUAACUCAAUUUUAGGGGAAAGAGCAGUUGCUGUCAGUGCGUUUCAGUCAGAAACUCCAAGACCAGUGAUGGUGUCACGUUCAUGGGCAGAAUUUACAUUGAACAUUAUCGACACCCCCGGGCUGGUUGAAGGAGGAUAUGUCAAUGACCAGGCUCUUGAUCUCAUAAAGAGGUUCCUCCUGAACAAGACAAUUGAUGUUUUGCUCUAUGUGGAUCGUCUUGAUACAUAUAGAGUGGACAAUUUGGAUAGGCAGAUUGUGAAGGCCAUAACAGAUAGUUUUGGCAAGGAAAUAUGGCAUAGAGGACUUGUGGUCCUCACACAUGCUCAGGUCUCCCCUCCUGAUGGAUUGAGUUAUGACGAGUUCACUUCAAGAAGAUCAGAGGCGCUUUUGAAAAUUGUCCGCCUGGGAGCUCGAAUUAGGAAACAAGAGGUUAAGGCUUCUUCAGUUCCUAUUGUUUGCGUUGAGAACAGUGGGAGAUGUAACAAGAAUGAACUUGACGAAAAGAUUCUACCGAAUGGAACUGCUUGGAUACCCAAUUUACUCCAAACUAUUACUGAAGUUGUCGUAAGUGAAAGCAAGGGUAUCUUGGUUGAUCAAAAAUUGAUCGAAGGACCAAAUCCUAACAACAAGGGCAAACUGCUGAUUCCUCUUAUCGCAGCAUUCCAGUAUUUCUUUGUUGUGAAAAGGAUCCAGAAGUGGAUCAAGAACGAUAUUGCAAGAGAGAGCAGACCUUCAUGGGCAUAAGCAAACCCAUCGGGAUGAGCCUCGUUACCAACUAACUCAAUUUCCCUUCUGGUU